CUGCAGCCAAUGACGUGGCGGCUCCUCUGGACUUUGGCCGCGGUUGAGCUUUGAAAAAGUACACGCAGAGAUCAGAAUCCGAAAACCCUCACGAUUGAUGAACCCUAGCACGUCACAGUCUCACACGCCAAUUCCUGUUCAAGAAGACUCUCUCUCUCUACUUCCUGUUUCUAAGGUUCUCUCUCUAGAUUCAACGAUGGCAGUUCCAGUUGUUCGAUUCCCCAUCAUUCGUCUGGUGCGGUUCAUCGGAGUUGUGGUCACUGCUUUCGUUCUCACAUGGGCGGUUCAUUACAGAGGAGGAAUGGCGCUCAUUUCUGAAAACAAAGAUCUUAUCUUCAACGUCCACCCUGUUUUAAUGGUGAUUGGCCUCAUACUUCUGAAUGGUGAAGCAAUGUUAGCAUACAAGACAGUUUCAGGAACGAAAAACUACAAAAAGUUGGUUCAUCUUAGUUUACAGUUCCUUGCAUUCUGUUUGAGCCUUGUUGGUGUGUGGGCUGCUGUGAAAUUCCACAAUGAGAGAGGCAUAGACAACUUCUACAGCCUGCAUUCGUGGUUGGGAUUAGCAUGCCUUUUCCUGUUUGGCAUCCAGUGGGCUACUGGAUUUGCGACCUUCUGGUACCCAGGUGGGUCGAGAAACAGUAGAGCUAGCCUUCUUCCUUGGCAUGUUUUCUUUGGAGUAUACAUUUAUGCCCUUGCCGUUGCUACUGCUACAACCGGGAUUUUAGAAAAGGCCACGUUCCUUCAAAGCAAUAAGGUGAUAUCGCGAUAUUCCAUGGAGGCACUGUUAGUAAACUCUUUGGGUAUCUUGAUAGUUGUUUUGGGUGGUUUUGUCAUUCUUGCAGUUGUUACACCCGCGAAUGGCAAAGGUGAUAUCCCUAGAGGAUCCAUGGAGUAGGCAUGAUUGGUCUCUCUUGAUUGUUGCUUGUGUCCUGAAAAUUGGGAUCUUUGAUCCUGAAUUUCUCAUUACUUCUACGAACCCAAGUCAUCUCAAAGAGUGUAUGCUGUUUCCAAAAUUUAACACGGGAACAUGAAUAUAUUGAUUUCAUAAAUUAAGAGUGAGAUUUUUGCCUUGGCCAGAAGCCUCAAAAACUGCGCUAAAAACCCUAACUUCAUUCCUGUACAUUCUCGUGCACUUAAAUAAAUGAAGUUGAGCUUCCUUUGCAA